AUGGACGACCACCACAGUCUCCUUCAAUCCCCACCGCCUUCCAUUACCAAGACCCACCAGGACCACCCCGACCUCCGAGACCGCGACACCCUCGUAAACCACGGAUACACAGAGACAGACAUCGAUGUGAUGACGGUGGUGGCGUGCGGCGGAGACAACAUGUUGGAGGAGUUGGUGACUCUACCAGGUCACCACUCUCUGGACCGGUACGAACGGAACCAACCGGACCAUGAGUGCUGUGAGCGCGUGGUCGUCAACAUCUCUGGGCUGCGCUUCGAGACGCAGCUGAAGACCCUCUCCCAGUUCCCUGAGACCCUGCUGGGGGACCCCAAGAAGAGGAUGAGGUACUUUGACCCUCUGAGGAACGAGUAUUUCUUUGACAGGAACCGGCCCAGCUUCGACGCCAUCCUCUACUACUACCAGUCGGGCGGGCGUAUCAGGAGACCUGUCAACGUGCCCAUAGACAUCUUCUCUGAGGAGAUCCGCUUCUACGAGCUGGGAGAGGAGGCCAUGGAGAAGUUCAGAGAGGAUGAGGGUUUUAUUAAGGAAGAGGAGAGACCACUACCUGACAACGAGCUGCAGAGACAGGUAUGGUUGAGCACAGACGUGUUGUACUCCCCGACAAAAGCCGAAAAACACGUCAGAGAUUAG